AUGUCUGAUCCUGAUGCCAAAUCCACUAAUAAGCUAAGAGCAAGUGAGAAGACCAUGUCACAUGCUGCUAUUGGAAAGGUUGAUGGCUCACAGAAACUCUCACUUCCUCUGUUCUCUACCUCUUGCUCCCAUAUAAUCAAGUACGUUCGGCCCAAUGAACGUGAAGUUGGGAAAGCAAUCAGGCAGCCAACUGCUCCAAAGAUCAAGUUAAGAAAGGAAAAGGCAAUUAGAGAAUGUUUCAAUGUGUGA